CGUUGACAUAAGGUACGAUGACUGCCUGGCACAGCUCAUCAAAGAGAGGGCUGUUUGUUGGAUCACCUCCCUUUAAGCAAAUAAGCACACUACAGUGGUCGAGAUUAUUCCUGGUAGUAUGGGCCCUGUUCAUGGCGGCAACGGCAGCUGUCUUCCAUUAUCAGGUUGCCGUCUUCACGGUCCUUCCGGACUCGACUCUCCGGGCUACAACCUUCGUAACAAACAAUUCCCACGAGGACGAGGGAUAUCAAAAGUAUGACUUCAAAGUUCAAAGCCAGAUGGCUCCAACAUGCUCGCCACUGAAGGCGCAAGAUAUUGACUUCACUCUUGUCACGCAACUUUCUCCUGAUCGUCUCAAACUCAUGAAACUGCACUGCGAGCGCUGGGGCAACCAUCCAAUUUCUCUAGCUGUUGCAGCUGCAAUGGAUCCAGAAAUAAUUUUGUCGACAUUAUCCGAGUAUGGUUGCAACACUGAAAUGAUUACAGUGAGCUUGCUUAACCUAUACCAGACGCUUCAUCUGCAUCGUGAAACUCUUUCCGGUGACCACUUAAACGCGCUGGUUGUCCCCGCCUUCGAGCUUAGCAAGGUUUGCGAUCCCAAAAGAGCGCCAUGUGCGGCUCACAACUUGGCCAAACUUCCGAAAACCAAGGACGCUUUAUUGAAGCUGUACGAAACUGUACGUCUUCCCAAAUUGCAUGUCGCGCAAUUUAACCGAGAUACCAAUUUUCAUGGACAUUCGAGUACGCGCUAUACAGACUGGAUAACACAACCUGCGAGGCAGCUUCUACAUAUUGAGUGUGUGACUUCCGAUCGCUACGAGCCCUACAUUGUUGUCCGUCAUUGUCAAAGCCUUCCACCGUUUCAAGAAGCAUUUGUUGGUUUUGGCCAGAACAAAAUUACAUGGAUUCAGCAAGUCCUACGAAUGGGCUACAAAUUUUAUCAAAUCGGCGAAGGCUUUGUCAUCCAUUUGCCUCAUGUAAAAUCACCUGCAUCUCAAAAGUGGUACGCCGAUAAAAGAAAAUUUAUGAGAGACAUCACCAAGUUGAAGGUACAAAAAAUAGGGAAAGCUUUCCGGUUUUGGAUGAGAAACGAAGUGCCGGAUAAUACGCAAGUGUCUGUUUGUUCACAAGGGCAACAACUACCUGGGUAA